GCCGCCGCCGCCGCCGCCGCCCCCGCCGUCGGUAGUCUCUGCCCCUCCGCGCGGCCCGGGGCAUGCUCCGCGCUCCUGCGCCCGGCCGGGCUGUGGCGAGCGACACUCUCCGCCCGCGGAGACAUGAGGCGCGGCCCGGGGGCCGCCCUGGCCCUGGAGCUGCUGCACCUGUGCCUGGCCCAGGCCAAUUUCGCCCCACACUUCUUCGACAAUGGGGUGGGCAGCACCAACGGAAACAUGGCCCUGUUCAGCCUCCCAGAGGACACCCCUGUAGGUUCUCAUGUAUAUACUCUGAAUGGGACAGACCCCGAGGGAGACCCUGUCUCCUACCACAUCAGCUUUGACCCCAGCACUAGAAGUGUCUUUUCUGUUGACCCCAAUUUCGGAAACAUCACCUUGGUUGAAGAGCUGGACAGAGAGAGGGAGGAUGAGAUCGAAGCCAUCAUCAGUAUUUCGGAUGGCGUGAAUCUGGUGGCAGAAAAAGUCACGAUCCUGGUGACGGAUGCCAAUGAUGAGGCCCCCAGUUUCAUCCAGGAGCCCUACGUUGUCCAGGUUCCUGAGGACAUACCUGCUGGGAGCAGCAUCAUUAAGGUGCAUGCAGUGGACAAGGACACAGGCUCUGGAGGGGCUGUCACCUACUUCUUGCAGAAUGUGCAAGCCACCAAAUUUGCCCUGGACCGCCACAGUGGCGUGCUGCGCCUCCGGGCAGGGGCCACGCUGGACUACGAGAAGGCCCGGGCCCAUUUUGUCACCGUGGUUGCCAAGGAUGGCGGAGGGAGGCUGCGAGGGGCUGACGUGGUAUUCUCCGCCACCACCACGGUCACAGUCAAUGUGGAGGACGUGCAGGACAUGGCCCCUAUCUUCGUGGGCAUACCCUACUACGGCUAUGUAUAUGAGGACACCCUUCCGGGCUCGGAGGUACUGAUGGUGGUUGCCAUGGAUGGAGAUCGAGGCAAGCCCAACCAGAUUCUCUACAGCCUCCUGAAUGGGAGUGAUGGAGACUUCGAAAUUAAUGAGACAUCUGGAGUCAUCUCUGUCAUGCAGAGCCCUGCCCAGCUCAGGAGAGAGGUGUAUGAGCUGCACGUACAGGUGACUGAGGUCAGCUCUUCAGGGAUCCCAGCUGCUCAGGCCAUGGUCCCAGUCACCAUCAGGAUCGUGGACCUCAACAACCAUCCGCCUACGUUCUAUGGAGAGAGUGGACCCCAGAACAGAUUUGAGCUGUCCAUGUAUGAGCACCCACCUCAGGGAGAGAUCCUGCGGGGCCUUAAGAUCACCGUCAACGACUCAGACCAGGGAGCCAAUGCCAAAUUCAACCUGCGGCUGGUGGGACCUGGGGGCAUCUUCCGAGUGGUCCCACUGACAGUCCUGAAUGAAGCCCAAGUCACCAUCAUUGUGGAGAACUCAGCUGCCAUUGACUUUGAAAAGUUCAAAGUGCUAACCUUUAAGCUACUGGCCAUUGAACUGAACACUCCAGAGAAGUUCAGCUCCACAGCAGAUGUUGUGAUCCAGCUCCUGGACACCAACGACAAUGUCCCCAAGUUUACCUCCCACUACUACAUUGCCAGGAUCCCUGAGAAUGCGCCAGGGGGCUCCAACGUGGUGGCUGUCACAGCUGUAGAUCCAGACACAGGUCCAUGGGGCGAAGUCAAAUACUCCAUCUAUGGGUCCGGGGCAGACCCCUUCCUGAUCCACCCAUCCACCGGGAUCAUCUACACCCAGCCCUGGGCCAGCCUAGACGCUGAGGCCACGGCCAGGUACAACUUCUACGUGAAGGCAGAGGACAUGGAGGGCAAAUACAGCCUGGCUGAGGUGUUCGUCACUCUCCUGGAUGUCAAUGACCACUACCCUCAGUUUGGAAAGAGUAUCCAGGAGAAGACAAUGGUGCUGGGGACCCCAGUGAAAAUUGAGGCCACGGACCAGGACGCAGAGGAGCCCAACAACCUGGUGGACUAUUCCAUCACCCAUGCAGAGCCAGCCAACGUGUUCGACAUCGAUGCGCACACGGGGGAGAUCCGGCUCAAGAACUCCAUCCGCUCCCUCGAUGCCCUGCACAACAUUACGCCUGGUGGGGACUUCACAUGGUCCCUAGAAGUGCAGGCCAAGGACCGUGGCUCCCCAUCCUUCAGCACCACGGCCUUACUCAAGAUUGACAUCACAGACACUGAGAUGCUGUCCCGAAGCCCCAUGGCCACCUUUCUGAUGCAGACUAAAGACAACCCCAUGAAGGCUGUGGGUGUCCUGGCGGGCAUCAUGGCCAUCAUUGUGGUCAUAACCGUCCUCAUCUCCACCGCCACCUUCUGGCGUAAUAAGAAGUCCAACAAGGUCCUGCCUGUGCGGCGAGUGCUCCGCAAGCGGCCCAGCCCUGCUCCCCGUGCCGUCCGCAUCGAAUGGCUCAAGUUCAGAAGGACCAAGGCUGCCGCCAAGUUUGUGCUCAGAGAGGAUCCUUCCAAUGAGAACUGCAACAACAACAGCCUAGGAAGCACACUGCCCCCCAAAGCCCCAGCUCCCCCUCCACCACCCACAAUGGCGCCCAAGAUGGGCACGGCCCCCUGGACUGUGCCUACAGUCUCUGGCUCACUCACCCCUCAGCAACCCCAACAGUCACCAAAACCCAAGGUGGGAAGCCCCAUCCAAUCAGCUCUGGUCUCUGAGCUCAGGCAGAAGUUUGAGAAGAAGGGUGUAGGUAAUAAGGCUUACUUUUAGCAUGUGUCCUGUGGACCCUCAUUUCCCCAGCCCAAUUGUCCUACUACUUGGACCAUGCUCCCCACCACCUGCUCCUUAGGGUCACCUCUGUUUUGUACCAUUAUGUAAGACCCAUAUCCACGGUUCUGGACAUGCCUUGGAUGAGGGAUUUCUCUAUUUAUGGGCUGCAACUUGCAAAUACUUCCCCAUCACCCAGAUUAUUGGCACAGUUAUGAUGCUCC